UGCGUUUAUUAAAUAAUAGAUAUUGUGCAUAUUAUUUAUGAAAUAUAUUUUAUUGUUUACAUCUGCUAUGUUUACACUACCUUCAAAAAAUGCUUUUAUGUUUGUUUGAGUUUUAUAUUUAAUUAAGGAAUUUAAUUUCCAAAGAUUGGUCAAUACAGAUUUUCACAGUGGUUACUAGAUUGCAGAUCUUAUGCAUUUGAGAUGGAUCCAGAAUUCCUUUCUAGACUGAUUCCACAAAACAAAGAUCAUAUUCGUCCAGCAUGUAAAAAGUGUGGAUAUGCUGGACAUCUUACCUAUCAGUGUCGUAACUUUAUCAAAGUUGAUCCAAAUAAAGAAAUUGUAUUAGAUGUUAGUAGUACGAGUUCUGAUAGUGAUGAGAAUUAUGUUACUCCUUUGACUGAGUUACGAGAAAAGGAACUGAAGAAAAAGCAGAAAGAGGUGAAAAAGAAACACAAAGAGAAGAAGAAUAAAAAGAAAUCUAAGAAACAUGAAAAGACUGAGACUAGUGAUAGCGAAUCUGAAGUGGAAGCUUGUAGCGAAGAAAAAAGGAAACACAAACAUAAGAAAAGGAAAAAAAAGUCAAAACACAAGAAACAUAAAAAAGUUAAGAAGGACAAUAGUUCAGACAGUAAUUGUAAUGACAAGAAAGAAUAAUUUUUUAUAGUUUAGAUUAACGAGUAUUUUAAUUCAUAAUGAACAAUGUAAAUACUGAUCUUGUCAACAGUAUAAUGUAUAUAAUUAAAGUUAUAUGAUUUGUAAAGACACAGAAAAGUACACUUAAACUUGUGUAUAUAACUAAAUAAAU